UGAACUAGAGAGUCAAUGUCGGGUCGAGGAAAGCAGGGAGGUAAAGUGAGGGCGAAGGCGAAGUCUCGUUCUUCGAGAGCUGGGCUACAGUUUCCUGUAGGUCGUGUGCACCGUCUUCUUCGCAAAGGUAACUAUGCUGAGCGGGUGGGGGCUGGCGCCCCGGUCUAUAUGGCCGCGGUGCUGGAGUAUCUGACCGCUGAAAUACUGGAGCUGGCUGGCAACGCUGCGCGAGACAACAAGAAAACCAGAAUCAUUCCCCGUCACUUGCAGCUCGCCAUCCGAAACGACGAGGAGCUCAACAAAUUGUUGGGGAAAGUCACUAUUGCUCAAGGGGGUGUCCUGCCCAACAUCCAGGCUGUGCUACUGCCCAAGAAAACAGAGAGCCAUAAGGCGAAAAGCAAGUAAAAGUGACCGUCUACUAAAUCAACCCAAAGGCUCUUUUCAGAGCCACCCACAGUAACAGAAAA